CCAAAUACAAAUUCUAUUAAUCACCAGAAUAUUUCAUGCUAAAAUUAACAAAUAAAAAUUAAAAAAAAAGAAAUUGUCCUUUGUAUGACGCUUCGUCUCACUCGGGGCCGAGAAAUCACAGCUGUCAGGCUCCGCUCUCCAUCUCCAUCACUCUUCCUCCCCUCGGCUUGAGAAAUGCAGAGGCAAUCACUGGGAUCGCCGAGCUCCAAACUCGAAAUCCAUGGCGAUGCAAGGAUCCUCAAAACAGAAGAGAAGCGGAAGGCUGGAUCCUCUCCCGCGUCAGAUUCGCCGGCAUCCAUUUCCGCGGAAGAUACCAAGAUGGAGAAGCCGAUCCGUCCGCUUUCGAAAUCCGGGAGAUCCAUCCACCUCGUCCCCAUCCUCAUCCUCCUCUGCUUCACGAUUCUAUACAUAUUCUCCCGCGAACCCUCUGCCGAAGAUUUGUCGAGUUUCGGUGGAUUCUCGAGACCGGCGAAUCGCAAAGAUAUAAACGCAGGAAUGUGGAGCCAUCGGGUGCUGAAGGCGACGGGAAAGGUUCGCCAUCGGAGAAUGGGACCUCCGUAGGAUAGUCUCCGACAUCAGACAAGAACGCCGGCGAACUUUCCGGCGGUUGCGAAUAUGCGCCAUGCUUGAUUUCUGCAUAUUUGUGCUGGAUGAAUUUUUCGUUUAAAAAAAAAAAAGAGAAGAAAUUGGUUGAAAAUGAUGGUCUGGUGGAUAUACGUAGUCUUUCCGUUGGGAUCUUUUUGGCUAAAAUCCGCGGCGCUAGCUGCCAUUGCAAAUCAGCGCCACAGUAAAUGGCAUCCAGCAUGCUGUAAAGCAGCUCUGUCUGACAGGUUGGCUUUAUUACUAUUCUUGAUUUACGUUUUUUAUUUAAAAUUUCGCUUUAUAUUCAAGUUCUUUACCAUCGCAGAAAAAAAUCACAUGUUUCUAGACUUGACAGAUUGAUAAUUUUGUGAGAAACUACCAUAAAUUUGAGUGAACAAUUCGGAUGAUUGUCAUCGC